AAAAAAAAAAAAAAAAAAAAAAAAAAAAGAGGUGGGGGGGGGGGGGAGGGGAUGGCAGAAGGGACUAUAGCAAGGAAGACGAGUGGCAAUAGAAGAGGGAGAGCAGUUAAGAAUGGUAGUUAGUUGAAGCAAGAAGAGAAAAUGCCAUGCCCCUAACCAAGCCCAAAUUCUCAGACAUGACAAAGCUGGGCAAAUGUGAACCCUGACCCCCAACGUCGUCUAGCCAACCUUGUGUCACACAGAAAACCAAACGUUCUCUUCUUAAACAAGUUUGGCUAUUACGUCGGAGACGAGAAGAAUGGACAAGUCUCACGGGUCAUGGGACCGAAGCGGGAUGUCCCGGAUGUGCCGGGUUUGUCGCCGGACCCCCGGUCCCCACCUUCCGGGACUUGAAUGAGACGAUGAAAUGCGCCAUCCAGGAUCACUUCCCUGUCACCUCCGUCCCUCGGCCAUCAACUUACCUCAACCCCAAUGCGCCCAACAUGUUCACCUACCUCCUCGCUCUCGUACCGAUCCUCCUUUUUUUCUCUGAUCCCAUCAGCCAACUCUUCUCCUCCUCCCCACCCAAGCUCCGCCGCCUCCCGCGUCCGCAGCUCAACGAAGAGCUUUUAGCCCUUGAGGACGCCACCUUGAACUACACCUGCCCCGACAGCUCGUACACAGUCCACGUCUUCUCUCGCGCGCCGCUCGUGCUCUACAUAGAAAACUUCCUCUCCGCCUCCGAACGCCACCAUAUACUCGAAAUAAGCGAACCGCUCUACGCCCCAUCGACGGUGACGCACGACGCGGGGCGGAGCACGGAGCGCGCGCCGGCGGUGCGCGACUCGGAGGUGGCGGUGGUGCCGCGCACGGUUCCCGUGCGGUGCGUCGAGGACCGCGCGCGCGCGCUGCAGGGCUGGCGCGCGCAGGUCUGGCUCGAGCGGCUGCGCGCGCAGCGCUACCGCGCCGGCGGGCACUACGCGCACCACUUCGACUGGAGCAGCGGGCGCGGCGGGUGGGGCCGCGUGGGCAGCUUCAUGGUGUGGGUCGCCGGCGGGGCGGGUACGGGGGAUGAUGCGGGAGCAGAGGGGGAGGGGAACGAAGGAGGGAGGGCGGCGGAAGAAGGGCUGGAAGGGGGCGGGACGGAGUUUCCUCUGUUGAGGUGGACGGGGGAUGCGAGGUGGUGCGCGUUUGUGGAGUGCGAAGAUGGUGAGAAUGGGAUGGGUGGAGGAGAAGAGAGGAAGGGGGUCGUGUUCAAGCCGGUGCCUGGGAAUGCGGUCUAUUGGGAGAACUUCAUGGCGGACGGGUCCGGGAGGGGGUAUGAGGAGACGUGGCAUGCUGGGCUGCCCGUGACGAAAGGCGUGAAGGUUGGGCUGAAUAUCUGGAGUUGGGGGCGAAUUGAGUGAGCGAGGAGAGUCAGGGGUUACGUGUGCCAAAGUAAACAUUCACGUUGCAUGCCCUAACUGGAGAUAGGAAUUCGGGCCCGUGGACCCCAAGUUGUUGUGGACACGUACGCUAUGAAACAGCGACUAUCGAUUCAGAGGGCAUGCAAUGCUGGGAAAUAAUCUGCAAGGUCGUAACGAUGUGCCGUCGCAUGUGGACGAUUGAUUGUGCUUGCGAAUUCUCGAUGACGCAAGGCGAGCGCUUCACUGAGGCUCACGAGACCAUCACCAGGCAGCGACUUGUCCCGACUGCGUCACUGCAGGGCGGCAC